ACCACCAUUCUCUCUCUAUCCAGCGACUCGAGAAGCACCAUGUACCUUUUGUCGCUCGUCCGUUUUGUGUUUGUUCUCUGUUCCGGUGGCAACUGAAAAACAGAAGAAAACACUGGAGAAAAGCUAAAGAUAACUUUCAACUGCAGCCGCCCAUAACAGUUUGUUCUUCACUUAUUACCAGCGUAACCUUACCUUCCACUUUGCAGGUUUUCUGAAAGAACGGACCACGCUAGCGAAUUAACCAACUCCAAUGCUCAAGAGAAAAGAACAAGCAGCACAGGACUGGAGCAUUCUUGUGAAGCUAUACAGAAUCUUCCUUCGUUUGAUUUCAUUUGGACAAUUGAAGGGUUCUCACUACUGCCCAAGCUUGGGCGCCAUUUUUCCGAGACGUUUGACGCAAUGAACCUCACGUGGGGAUUGUUUCUGGUGCCGUGGCUUCGCAGGGAUCGAAGACACCUUAGCUUGACCCUAUACCCGGAAGAUGGAUCUCGCGAUGUUGAAAAACUGGGUGAUCUUAGAGUGUCGUACAGAAUCACAUUGUUCAACCAGGGCUGCGGCGAGGACAAGGUCUACAGAGAUACAGUUGAUGGCGUCUUUGCUCGUCGCCUGGAUCGCAAAUUGCAGAGCAUCCAACUUGUCAGUUUGGAUAUAUUUCUUGACCCUUCAUACGGCUUCCUUGUCGAUGAAACUUGUGCAUUUGGGGUUGAGAUCCUGGAUGUUGCUCGUACACGUCGCCGAAGGCUGCCUGCAAGCGACACCGGCCCGUUUAGAUGGACGAUUCAGGGACUUUCGAAAAAACCACCUUUCAUUUUUGAAAAGUUCGGUGCUUGUGGCUACGACUGGAUUAUCUUUGCUUUAGUUGGCAGAUCCCAUUCUUUGGGGUCGGAGGGUCUGCAUAUAUACGUAGGCCUAUCCUCGUCCCAUAUCUUGUGCCAAUUGUUUGGGCGGUUCAGGAUCCGCCUCAUCAACCAGCUUACUGGGAACCAUAUUGACAAGUCAUACUGCGGUUUAUUCCAUUCAGGUAAGUUCCACGGAUGUGCUGGUGUGGUACCAUUACGGGUAUUUCAUGAUGAAGAAGCAGGCUUUCUUAUCAGAGGUUGCUGCGUUGUGGAAGUGGAAGUGACUGUCCUUUCCAAAAGGCCGGAGCAGCAAGUAAUGAAUUUUUACCUUGGUGCCGGAGAAACAGGUUUAACCAUCCAAGAAGAAAACGCGUACCACAACCCAUUCGCGUGGGACAUGUCGCCUUACUGGAGGAUCUUAAAAAAGAACCCAGGUUUUGACAUCACGGAUUUGCUUUUGAAGCAUAGAUAUACAUCCAUAGAUGGUCAUCCGCUGCACUGA